GAUGGUGGCCUCGCUCGUUUAUCGAGCGAGGUCUUGGUAAUACGAGUCACGUGAUCACGAGCAGCCGCUCGGUAUUGUGGGUAACCGUCUGCUCGGUCUCAGUCGGCACACGUCCAUUUCGUAAAGCGUUAUUUUGUGUCCGAAUUGUAGUGUUAACCGUGAUGGCUCCAACGAAGAAGAUCAAAGUUGAGAAGGAAGGCAUCAGGAGGAAGGAGAUGAUUACGGUGGAAGUUAAGAAGGAAAUCAUCGGGAUGCACGAACAAGGCAUGCAAGUGGCGGCCAUCGCAAGAUAUUACAACAAGUCUACGUCGACGAUUUGCACUAUAUUAAAGAAUAAGGAACAACUGAUGAGACUAGAUGUGGCGAAAGGAGUGACGCGAAUAUCGAAGCAACGACCGCGUAUCCUGGAAGAUAUUGAAAAGUUUCUUUUGGAGUGGAUAAAGGAGCAGCAACGGGAAGGCGACGCUGUGACGGAACAGUUGAUCUGUGAGAAGGCGAAAGCUUUGUACGCGGACCUCGUAUGUAUGCAGCCAGGUACGUCUGCUGGAAACGAGGAAGGAGGCUUCAAGGCGAGCAGAGGAUGGUUUGACAACUUUAAGAGGAGAAGUGGCAUUCAGAAUGAUGGAUUACAGCGAUAUUUUUGGAACGAAUCUUCGUCGCAAACCGAGGGAAGCAUUUCAACGGGAAACGGCGUGCCUCACGUGAAUAUGCCGCACAACCAUGUGCCGGAUCCUCAUUCCGUCGCUUUGGCCAGAUGCCGACAAUCCGAAGAUAAUCAAGUCACCUGUAUUUUAGAUGAUGAAGGAAGGACGAUGAACUUCGCGAGUUUGGUGAAACGGUACAAGGACUACAAGGGUCCGAAAUCUGAUCCGAGAUUCAAGCAGACGGUUAUUCUUUGCGCCGAGCAGAGCGGCAACAGGAUCGCCGCAGAGAGGUUCGGGGUGCCGUAUUCGACAUUGCGAAGAUGGCGUCGCUUCAGGGAGGACAUCUUCGGGGACGACGACGAAUAUCUGCCGAGUAAGGCCGUCAAGUAUUGUUCCACUAAGGCGCGGAUUCUCGUGAAGCAGGAGGUGCUCUCCAAGAGCUCAUCCGACUCGACGGAACCAACUCCACGCAAAAAGAGAAUUACCCGCGCCAGUA